AUGAUUCCAGAUUUCGAUUCUGUCAACCCUCCACGUCCAAAAAAGCGCCAAAACCGUAAGGUUGUCACUCAGCCGCAAAGAUUGAAUUCAUCCUCUGGAGACGAGUCAGAAAGCGAUUUCACAGUAUCAAUCAAUCCUCAACGUCCAAAAAAGCACCGAAACCAUCAGGUCCUCACUCAGUCUCAAAGAUUGAAUGUACAUACCUCAUCCUGUCACAACAAUUUAGACAAUUCAGGAAGAAAUGUCAGAAGUGAUCAUGAGCAAACUCGGGAAUCUAUCUUAAAAGUAAUUCGGGCUCGCAGAGCUUUUCAAAGAGUUGACUCUGACGCUGACUUAGACUGUCAAAUCCACGACAACAAUAUCAACAACGAUAGUCAGCCUACAAAUACACAAAUUACCAAUGUUUCAUCUCAUGAUCAAGCCACUCAGAUUAAUCAAACAAAGGAACUUCACACAGGGUCACAGGUAAAGAAUAAUCUUAAGCGUAAGCUCAAGGCUUUGGCUAAUGGUGAUCAAACUAUUCAAGACAAAAAGAGAAAGAAAAAGCAACACCAGUCAGAAAAUUUCAACUGA